AGUGCCUCAAACACGUGCGGCAAAGUCCAUUCAAAUUCAAAUACAAGAACAAGGGAGUGUGAAUUCAAGGAAACUCAAACUCUGUAAGCACUAAGCAGCAUGAGGAGGAGGACACAAUGGUAAAAGAGAUGGGCGUUGACAAAUUCAAUACCGAGUUCACCCGGCAACGAGGGCGAAGCCGUGGGGGCGUUGCAGGGCAGCUUCCCCAGCAAGCAGAGGGCUCGGUCAACACGCAAGCUCUUCAACGCCGCUAUAAAUACAACACCAUCGGUUGCUCGCCACCACGAGCCCACUUAGUUGAGAGCAACAUGAGCUUCACAAAAGUUUGCGCCGUGCUGAUGACGAUGCUUAUGUGGAUGGGCAUUGUGAUUGUGAGUGCAGAGGGAAGCCGAGUUCUAAGGCCAGGCAGUCAUCUCCCGGCAUACGCUUCGGCCUACGAAGACGCCAGGACCAGCCUCGGCCUUUGGCUCAUGCGUCUCGCCUCCGGGCCCAGUCCCAAAGGCCCCGGCCACUGAUCCCCCUCAUUCCUUCCCUUUUCUUCCCUCUGUAUCUGCAUUCAAAUAAGAUUCUUUUAUUUGUGUUC